ACUGGAACAUUGAUGGAACCCGAAACCAUCUAGUAUUAGGUCGUAUGAAUAAACUGAGCAAAAGCUUUUACUUUACUCAGAUCCACCUGUCAGAUCAUUUUCUUGAGCAUUUACUCAAGUUGGUAUGAUAAAACUAAGAACUUGAGCAUUUACUUUUCGAACAUUGAGAUUCGUAUGAAUAAAGCGGUAAAAUCUGAGUAAAUGCUCAAAAAAAUGUGAGUCACCUACUGACCAUGCUCAGCUGACAUAAGCAGGCGCCAAAAGUAGCAGAUUCGUGUGUUGAAAUUUUAAUGUAAAAAAACAAUGUAUUCUGGUGAUUUUAUUAAUUUACCUUUCCCGAUUGUAGCGGACAUAGAUGGAAAUUAUAUAAAUCGCUCAGUAAAAAUGUAUAAGCCUAGGCGAGAAGGCGAUGAUAAUAAUUUCAAAGAUCUCUAUCGAUUUACUCGUGAAAAUGUUGAUCAUGUAACACAAGCAUUUCUGGGAGAUAGUUUUGAAAAUCGAGGUGGUGCGUUAUCGAAUGUUCAAAGGAUGAAAUGCUUUUUAAGAUAUGUCGGUGAUCCAGGAUUCCAGGUAGGUGUAGGAGAGGACUUGGGUAUCCACCAAACAACAGUGUGCAAAACGAUUUGGUCUGUGUGCAAAGAAAUAGUUGAGAAAGCUGACGAGUGGAUACAUUUUCCAAACACACCGGACGAAUUUGAACAGGAAAAGAAAAUGUGGCAAACUAAAUACAAAUUUCCAAGUGCCAUUGGUGCAAUAGAUUGCACUCACAUUCUGAUCAAUAAACCAGGCAACUACAAGGAUGAGUUUGUAAAUAGGAAAGGGCUGAAUUCCUUCAAUGUACAAGCAACCUGUAAUGCCAAAGAGCAGUUUACAAGCAUGGAUUGUGAAUGGGCUGGAUCAGUACAUGACGCACGAAUAUGGAAAAACUCAAAUGUCUUCAAUUUGAUUCAGGAAAAUCAGGCAGGUGCGAUUCUUUUGGCUGAUGAAGCAUACCCUCUUACCCCUUGGGUAAUGACGCCAUACCGAGAUCCUGUGACAUCCUUACAAAAAGUGUUCAAUGUGAUUCACAAGCGAGAAAGAGUCGUCAUAGAGCGCGUUUUUGGACAAGUGAAACAAAGAUUUCCAUUACUGCAGUCAAAAGUAAGGGUAAAAACCGAAAAAAAUCCUCGUUUCAUCGCUGCAUGCUUUGUUCUGCACAACGUGGCGAAACAUCUUAAAGAUGAAGACUUUGAACCAGCGGAAACAACCACCUAUGAUAUAGAAGUACCCAGACCAACCGUGACUGAUGCUACAGUAUUGCAGAGAGGCCAACGACGUCGCGAUUGUAUUGCGUCAUAUUUGCGAGGUGGAAGUAAUCGUUGAAAAAGAAAUAAAUAUAUGUAUAAGUGAUUUUUAUAAUCUAGAAUAAAAACAUAUUAAGCGUUGGACAAUA